AUGUCUCUCUGCCAGACCUGUUCGACGCUCAACAUUGAGCAGCUAGAUGCCACAGAUGUCCGCUUUCAUCCCAACCUGAAGGCCCUCCAGCGAAGUGCCGAUGCGAAAUGCCCCUUCUGCACCCUGUGCUACACCCGUGUCAUGGACGACAUUCAUCAUAGCGUCACCGACGCCCUUCUUAGUGAUCAGAUACCGUCAGGCUACGAGGAAGAGACGUUUGUUCCGAGCAUUUGGCUUCAUGGCGAGGUGAGGCAGGGCAACCGCGGCGUCGGUGACCAACUCCCGGGAUGUGCCAUAUGGAUCUCGUGCGGAAGGAUGCAUCCAGACGUCGGUCUGGAAGAUACCAAUCGCCCAGGGAUGCCAUUUGCCUCGCGUCUCUCUAUUUUCGCAAGCCGUACAACCCCGGCAGCGCGCAAGUACAUCGAGCGAUAUAUAACUGCGGACCAUGAUCCCGAUCUCUACAACGACCUGGCAGGUUGGCGUUUGAAAAAGUGCAAAGACUCGCACAAGCUCUGUAAACCUAGGUCCUCGGAGAUGCCAACUCGUGUCAUUCAGGUUGGCAACGUCGGCGAAAGGCCGAGACUGAUAGUCACGACUGGCCUAAGAGAGCCAUAUAUUGCGCUUUCUUAUUGCUGGGGACCCGGAAAAGACACGUUCACGCUUACGCAUAAGACCAAAAAUGAGCUUCUGGGUGGCGUCACGGAAGAGAAGCUGACCCAGACUCACCAAGAGUCUAUUCGAUUUGCACGCUCGCUCGGCAUUGCGUAUCUCUGGAUUGACGCCCUUUGCAUCAUACAAGGCGAUACCGAUGACUGGGCUUUCGAAUCGCAGCGUAUGGCACACGUCUAUGGCAACGCGGCUUUGACCAUAAUUGCUGGUCGUUCGGAUGAUGCGCGUAACGGCUUUCUCACAAAUGGACUUGAUCAAAAAGUCCCGCCUUGCACCCUGCCGCUUGGCCCAGACACCAAAGACACAAUCGGCGUCUGUCUUCCGAGAUCUGCCCUCAUCGGGCCAGUGUCCACACGCGGGUGGUGUUUCCAGGAGGAAAAGCUCUCAACGAGGGCUAUCGUUUUCGGCCAGGAGCAAACCAUCUACCAAUGCCGAGAGGAAAAGAAUUGGGAAGACGGGCAGGUUGAUUUCCAGGAUCUCAAGCCCACAUUCCUGACCCCCGGCUUCUCCACGGGCAGUCCCCAUUCGGCGGCUGAUAGAGAGACUACCCUCUCAAUGUGGUAUGAGUUCGUCGACCUUUUUACGAUGAGAGCUCUAUCGAAUCCGCAUGACGUCUUUGCCGCCAUCGCAUCCAUCGCGAUCCUUGCGAAAGACGUGCUAAAGUCUCGCUAUCUCGCGGGCAUUUGGGAAGACGAUCUCGUCAGAGGCUUGCUGUGGAAACCACGCAAUCAGGUGCAUGCUUUCUUCAACACCUCGGUGACGCGUCCGAAACCAACUCCCUUUGCACCAGCACCAGUGAUCCGCGCACCUUCGUGGUCCUGGGCGUCUGUCGAAGGUCCGCUUCGCCGCAUUUACAACCCUAGAAAGUCUCAGCUAUUCCAAGACAGCAACUAUGUCAAGAUAAAACCCAAGUUGGGAACCAGGUGGACAGCCGCAGAGAACUGUGAUGUGACUGUUCUCCACAUGCCGUCUUGUACGCUGCAAAUGCUAGGGCGCAUGGCCAAGGCGACUGUGAUCAAGACGGGCGUUGUCGAGUGGUUUGAAGCGGAUAAGACAAGAAAGCGAUGGCUACCUUACAAGAAGAUGCUGCCCCACUCAGUUUUGCUUGUCUCGAACGGGGAAGAGCAAGAUGUCGCAGUCAGUGGAGACAAGGUCGUUGCUGUGGGUUGUUUUGACGUUCCAGAGGAAGCAGCGCAAUUAGAAGAGGUGUGGGGUCUUCCGCUGAUUGACAAGGAGGGGCUAAUGAUUGUCCCGUACGAGGGCAAAUGGAAGCGAGCCGGGUGGUUCUGUUUGAGAGAUGAAUCUUGGUUUGAGAAAAUGCUCGAGGUUGAGAUAGAUCUCAUAUAA